UGGCUCCACAGAACUUUAUAUUCUGUUCCUGGCACUGGCCACUCAACAUUUUAGCCAAAAAUGAGAAUUGAGAAUCGCGGUCAGUAUCAAAAUGGCUCCAGCUUAUAAAUUAACUUAUUUCAAUGUCACCUCUCUUGGGGAGCCCAUCAGAUUCCUCUUGAAUUAUGGAAAUCUCGAAUUCGAGGACGUCAGGAUCGAUAUGGAACAGUGGCCCACCAUCAAACCCACCAUGCCCUUUGGUCAGAUGCCCAUCCUGGAGCACAAUGGAAAAGUAGCCCAUCAGAGCAUUCCAAUCGCCAGGUAUGUGGCCAAGCAGGUUAAACUGAAUGGCAAAAAUGACUGGGAAGAUCUAGAAAUUGACUCAGCUGUUGAGACAGUCAAUGAUCUGAGGGCCAAACUUGCAGUAUAUCAUCAUGAAAAGGAUGAAGCUGUGAAGGAAGCUAAGGCUGGUCCAUUGUUCAAUGAAAUUCUUCCCUAUUACCUGGAAAAGCUUGAAGCCCAAGUGAAAUUGAACAAUGGAUAUUUGGCUUGUGGACGUUUGACUUGGGCUGAUAUGUAUUUUGUAGGGAUAUUGAAUUACUUGAACUUCAUGGCUUUGAAGGACAUCAUUGCUGAUUCUCCCAGCUUGGUUUCUGUUAAGGAACAUGUGCUGGCUUUGCCAAGCAUCAAGGCUUGGAUUGAAAAGCGUCCAAAAACUCAUAUUUAAUAUGUUCAUAUUAUUUUUUAAUUAUUUAUAAAAAAUUUAUAUUGGGAUCAAGUGUUAAAGGAGUUGUAAUUUUAUGAAAAAUUCUAGUGUAAUUGUGAUAAUAUAUGUGCUGAAUG